AUGGCCGCCGAAGCAACGCCUACGCCUCAACUCGAACACGAGCCACCGAGCCUGCCCAACUCGCCCUUACCCAAGCGAACAAAAGUGCUCCCACAAAAUCUCGCCUCCAUCCUCAACGAACACGAAGCAACCCCAACACCAGAGACCAUCAACCUCCCACCAAUGUCGAACGCACAAGACUCCACCGAGGCUCCCUCCCUCCCCUCAAUGUCCACCAUGUCCUUCGAACCAGCCCCGCCAGCUCUCCAAGUCAAACUCCUCUCCUCCAGCGCAAAGACACCAACCCGCGGCUCCCCUCACGCCGCCGGCUACGACCUCUACGCCGCGAAAGAAGCUACCGUACCGCGCCGAGGCAAGGUCUUGGUGGAUUUGGAUAUCAGCAUUGCGGUUCCCGCAGGCACGUAUGGGCGCAUCGCACCCAGGAGUGGGUUGGCGAGUAAGCAUAGCAUUGAUACUGGCGCGGGAGUCAUUGAUGCGGAUUACCGGGGCCCGGUGAAGGUGUUGCUGUUCAAUUUCAGCGAUGAGGAUUUCGUAGUUGCGGUGGGGGAACGAGUUGCGCAGUUGAUUGUGGAGAGGAUCUACACCCCGGAAAUCGUCGUCGUCGAACAACUCGACGAGACGGUCCGCGGCGCUGGCGGAUUCGGUUCAACUGGAGGGUUUGGCGGCACUCUGCCCAGCUUGUCCAGUCUUCCUCCUACCAUCUAG